CGAUUAUCCUGAUAAUAGCUGCCCCUUUAACGAUGGUCCUUUAUGGUAUGGCCUGCAAGAAGAUUACUUUCCAGGUUUUUGUUAUGAGCAGGUGGUAUAUUGUCAUCAAAGGAACUUAUUCUAUACUUACUUUAUUGAAACCGGGAUUCUGGCCUUUGAUGUGGAGCGCAACAGGGGCCGGGCAACUAAAAAGGUCUUUCAGUUCAAGGCAGAAUACAUUCACUCUCAACUCAAGCGUCAUUUCGAGGCAUAUAGAGAUGAAGGAGGUGAAGAGGUAACAAAUUACCUCAAGCGUGUGAGAGCAAUGUGUAUUCGGACUAUGUAUUUAGUCACCCUUGACAACGGUGACCUUUUGCUACUUGUCAGGUACUUCUGUGGACGUUAUCACGAGGCGAAGACUCUCCACUUUGAUGUCUUCAGAGUGGUGUAUCCAGGCCAGCUUGAGUGGGUACGCUCCCUCCAGGACAGAGCGAUCUUCAUCGGAACAAAUCAAGCUUUCUCUAUUAAGGCUGCUGAUUACUCUGGUGUUAGGCCUAACUCUAUCUAUUUUACUUAUGGGAUUGAAAGUUACGAUAUGGGCAUUUUCACCCUCAAGGACCGCAUUAUCACCCCUUUUAACAUUACCCGCAAUAAGGGACAGGAAAAGGUUCCAUUCUUGUGGGUUGCACCAGCUUCACAACAGGUUCUUGAUAAUAGCAAGGGUGGUAUCAUAUACGAACAAUCUCGCUUCGAGGACCAAAUUAAAGACAUUGUUAAUUAGCAAAAUGCUAUUCUAGCUGAUUUGAUCUACCCGUAGAAAAUGCUACCUUGUAUCUUAUUGCGGAUGGGAUCUUCUCUGCCAACAAGACGGACUAGUUGCUCGAAGAGUACACAACAAUUGGAGAAUACAAGUUUUCUCUGUUAUUU